GCAGCAGCAUCCGCCCUUCUCUUCCAGCUCUGUGCAUCCAGCCUGCCUGUGCACACAGCCUACUAGCUGUAAUCCCGAGCCCUCUCUCCCCCCGCCCUCCCGGGAGGAUGGGAUGCAAGAGGCAGGAGGGCAGCCCCAAACCUUCCUAGAGCUGGGCAAACAAAGGGAGCAGCAGCAGCCGGGCUGGGGUGGAUGCAAGCAACCAUGAAAGGCUGGGUCUCCGCCUCCUCUGCUGCUGCCGCCGGAGAGCUGCUGGCUGCUGCCGAUGAGCAGAGGACUCCACUGUGAAGGGAGGAGGCGGAGAGGCGUGAUUGGCUUUGCCUUGCUAAGGUAGAAGGUGUAAGGGAAAAGGCAGAAAUAAAAAUGUCUUCUUCGGUGGGGCCCCGCGGCCCUCGCCCACCCACGGUGCCUCCCCCGAUGCAGGAGCUGCCCGACCUGAGCCACCUGACAGAGGAGGAGAGGAACAUCAUUAUGGCAGUGAUGGACCGGCAGAAAGAAGAGGAAGAGAAGGAAGAGGCCAUGCUCAAGAGGUUGCAUCAACAAUUUGAAAGUUAUAAAGAGCAAGUAAGAAAAAUAGGUGAAGAAUCUCGCCGCUACCAGGGAGAGCACAAGGAUGAUGCACCAACGUGCGGAAUCUGUCUUAAAACAAAGUUUGCUGAUGGCUGUGGCCAUUUAUGCUCUUACUGCCGGACCAAGUUUUGUGCCCGAUGUGGAGGUCGUGUUUCUCUACGAUCAAACAAUGAGGACAAAGUGGUUAUGUGGGUAUGCAAUUUAUGUCGAAAGCAACAAGAAAUCUUAACAAAGUCUGGAGCAUGGUUUUUUGGAAGUGGUCCACAGCCGUCAAGCAGUCAGGAUGGAGCACUGAGUGAUACAGCUACUGGUGGAAGUUCUGUUGCACCUAGAGAAAAGAAAGCAAGGCUUCAGGAGCGUUCCAGAUCUCAAACUCCCUUAAGUACAGCAGCUGCCUCAUCACAGGAAAUCUCUUCUUCCAGUGUGCAGUCUGACAGGAGGAAAGGAGCAGAAUUAUCACAGCAAGCUAUGGGCCUGGAACAAAAGCAAGCUUCAUCAAGGUCUAGAAGUGAACCCCCGAGAGAGAGGAAGAAGACAGCAUUGAUUUCAGAACAAAAUGGAAAAGUAGGUCUAAAAAGCGAGCGUAAACGUGUGCCAAAGUCUUCACUUCAACAAGGACAGGCAGAUGACAGGGAACGUAAAGAAAGGCAUGAAAGUAGAAGGCUGGAGAAAGGAAGGUCACAGGACUACCCAGACUUGCCAGAAAAACCCGAGGAAGGCAAGGUAGCUGAUGAGGAAAAACAAAGGAAAGAAGAUGAGUAUCACACUCGGUAUAGGAGUGACCCAAAUCUGGCAAGGUAUCCUGUGAAGCCACAUCCUGAGGAACAACAGAUGCGUAUGCAAGUAAAAUUUUCUAAAGCACGGCAUGAAAGAAGACACAGUGAUGUAGCUUUAGCACAUACGGAAGUGGAGGAAGCAGAGGUACCUGAGAAUAAAUUAGGAAAACGCUCACAGUUACAGGGAACUCAGGACAGAAAAUCUCUUAUGGAAACUCAGAGAUCAUACUCUAUAGAAAGACCAGGUGAUGUAAGAAUUUCUGUUUCUAAACAAUUAGCUAAUCAUAGUCCACCAACUCCCAGACAUAGUCCAGUUCCUACAGAACACCUAGAAUCCAAGAACCAUGAUUCCUUUAAAAAACAAAGUCGCCUUGAUCCUAGCUCUGCUAUUCUCAUGCGAAAAGCAAAGCGGGAGAAAAUGGAGACCAUGCUAAGGAAUGAUUCCCUUAGUUCUGAUCAAUCAGAAUCAGUGCGGCCAUCCCCUCCAAAACCUCAUAGAUCAAAAAGAGGUGGAAAGAAAAGGCAGAUGUCGGUCAGUAGCUCAGAAGAAGAAGGGGCAUCAACACCAGAAUAUACUAGCUGUGAAGAUGUGGAAAUAGAAAGUGAAAGUGUUAGUGAAAAAGGUGACUUGGAUUAUUACUGGCUGGAUCCUACCACGUGGCACAGUAGAGAGACAUCCCCUAUUAGUUCGCAUCCUGUAACGUGGCAACCAUCUAAAGAGGGAGAUCGCUUAAUUGGACGUGUUAUUCUUAACAAGAGAACUACCAUGCCAAAAGAGUCAGGUGCAUUACUGGGGCUAAAAGUUGUUGGAGGAAAAAUGACAGAUUUAGGACGACUUGGUGCCUUCAUUACCAAAGUAAAGAAGGGUAGUCUAGCUGAUGUGGUGGGACAUCUAAGAGCAGGGGAUGAAGUUCUAGAAUGGAAUGGUAAACCCCUGCCUGGAGCUACAAAUGAAGAAGUUUACAACAUUAUUUUAGAAUCAAAAUCAGAACCUCAAGUUGAAAUUAUUGUUUCAAGGCCUAUUGGUGACAUUCCAAGGAUUCCUGAGAGUUCCCAUCCUCCACUAGAGUCUAGUUCAAGUUCUUUUGAAUCUCAGAAGAUGGAAAGGCCUUCUAUUUCUGUUAUUUCUCCAACUAGUCCUGGAGCUCUAAAAGAUGCACCACAAGUCCUACCAGGGCAGCUUUCUGUGAAACUGUGGUAUGACAAAGUGGGGCAUCAGUUAAUAGUAAAUGUUCUACAAGCAACAGAUCUGCCACCUAGAGGAGAUGGGCGUCCCAGGAAUCCUUAUGUAAAAAUGUAUUUUCUUCCAGAUAGAAGUGAUAAAAGUAAAAGGAGGACCAAAACAGUAAAGAAAAGCCUAGAACCAAAAUGGAACCAAACUUUUCUCUAUUCACAUGUACAUCGUAGAGAUUUUAGAGAACGAAUGUUAGAAAUAACCGUAUGGGACCAGCCAAGAGUACAAGAAGAAGAGAGUGAAUUUCUUGGAGAGAUCCUUAUAGAGCUGGAGACAGCACUUUUAGAUGAUGAACCACAUUGGUAUAAGCUGCAGACACAUGAUGAAUCCUCACUACCUCUGCCUCAGCCAUCACCUUUCAUGCCACGGAGACAUGUCCAUGGUGGAGAAAGCACUAGCAAAAAAUUACAAAGAUCUCAGCGAAUCAGUGAUAGUGACAUCUCAGAUUAUGAUGUUGAUGAUGGUAUUGGAGUAGUUCCUCCAGUAGGUUAUAGAUCUAAUACUAGAGAAAGUAGAUCUACAACGUUAACUGUGCCAGAACAGCAAAGAACAACACAUCAUCGUUCACGAUCUGUAUCUCCUCACCGUGGUGAUGAUCAGGGCAGGACCCGUUCACGUUUACCAAAUGUGCCAUUACAGAGGAGUUUAGAUGAAAUUCAUCAAAUGAGAAGAUCACGUUCUCCAACUAGACACCAUGAUGCCUCCCGAAGUCCAGUUGAUCGCAGGUCCAGAGAAAUGGAUAGUCAGUAUUUGUCAGAUCACGAAAGUGAGCUUCUUAUGCUGCCCAGAGCAAAACGAGGAAGAAGUGCAGAGUGCCUACAUACCACCAGAAAUUCUGUUAGGCACUAUAAAACAUUACCACCCAAGAUGCCUUUACUAGAGAAUGGUUCUCACUGGAAUAUUUACAGCUCAACUCUGCCUGCAUGUGCUAAAACCAAAUCAGUGAUUAGACAGGAUAUUUCGCUUCUUCGUGAUUGCCUUAAUGCACAAAUACCGAGAUUUACAGAUGAACUAUUGGUUAGUGAACUACAGCCCUCCCUUGACAGGGCUAGGAGUGCUAGUACCAACUGCUUGAGACCAGAUACUAGUUUGCAUUCACCAGAACGAGAAAGGGGUAGAUGGUCCCCCUCCCUAGAGAGGAGACGACCUACUAGUCCCAGGAUUCAUAUCCAGCAUGCAUCUCCGGAGGAUGACAGAACAAGGACGCUGGAGUCUUGCAUUCCAAAACAAGACAGUAUAAACCACCUAAGUGCUAAACCUGGAGCAACACAGAGGCAAUCCAGAAAAGUGGAAAGAUAUAACAGCCAAAAACAGACUAGGAAAGACUCCGCAUCUGAAACAGAAAGGGUUCUGCUACCAUGUCUUUCUAGAAGGGGACUUCCAACCCCAAGAACAACUGAGCAGCCAGUCAUUAGGGGAAAACAUCACACUCGCUCAAGGUCGAGUGAGCAUUCUAGUAUCAGACCAUUAUGCUCUGUACAUCAUCUAGUUCCAGGAGGGUCGGCGCCACCUUCUCCACUUCUGACAAGAAUACACCAACAAGGAAGUCCAACUCAGUCACCUCCUGCAGACACAUCAUUCAGCAGUCGUAGGGGAAGACAGCUUCCGCAAGUUCCAGUAAGAAGCAGCAGUGUAGAGCAAGAACAAGAGAAUUAUAACUCUUCCUCAAAAGCAAGCUUAGUAGUGGAGGAACAAACGCGACAGAUGAAAAUGAAAGUGCAUCGUUAUAAUCAGACAACAGGGUCUGGUUCUAGCCAAGAAUAUGAGCGUGAGCAAUAUACCAAGUAUAACAUACAAACAGAUCAGUACAGAAGUUGUGAUAACGUCUCUGCCAAAUCAUCAGAUAGUGAUGUGAGUGAUGUGUCAGCCAUUUCCCGUACCAGCAGUGCCUCACGCCUCAGCAGCACAAGCUUUAUGUCAGAGCAAUCUGAGCGCCCUAGGGGCAGAAUCAGGUCAAAGUCCUUAGAGAUCUGCAAAAAUGAUGGCAAAAGAGAAAGAAGGAUAUCAUGGGAAUUAGAUGACCAAACGGGGCACAGUGAAAAGAAAUUGGAUAUGGAAGACAAGAAAAAGAGAAGGCAUUCUGUUGCUGAUUUGAGUACGUUUACCCCUAAAAUGCAAGGCAGACGGAUGGGGACUUCAGGGAGAACCAUCACAAAAAGCACAAGUGUGAGUGGAGAGAUGUACAAACUGGAACAUAAUGAUGGGAGUCAAUCAGACACUGCUGUCGGGACAGUUGGAACAGGUGGGAAGAAAAGACGAUCCAGCCUCAGUGCCAAAGUGGUUGCCAUAGUAUCUCGAAGGAGCAGAAGCACAUCCCAACUUAGCCAAACAGAGGCUGGCAACAAGAAGCUAAAAAGCACGAUACAGAGAAGCACAGAAACAGGGAUGGCAGCAGAAAUGAGGAAUCGUAUGGUUCGGCAGCCAAGUCGGGAGUCCACUGACGGCAGCAUAAACAGUUACAGCUCUGAAGGGAAGUAAGUGAAAUUACAGAUAUGUAGCAGUGCAGAAAUACAUAGGAUUUUCUUAUCCUUACAAGAAAGCUGGUUGAAUACUAGUAAAAAACAAACCACCUGAUAUUAAAGGUUCCAGAUUUGGUUCCCUAUGGAAUUGCUAUUUGUACAAAAUCUUGCACUUGUGUAAUUCUUCGCAAAUCCCAAAACUUUCAGGCAUUUACGUUAGAAAAGCGCUUUCUUUAGACUAUUCUUCUGUUUAAAGUUUUUCCAGUCAUCCAAUCAGGCG